AUGGAGAGACGGUCCAGUCGUCGACGGAAGCCAGCUCCGUUGAAAGGACAGUCGCCUCAAAUUCAACCAAGUAUGUCCGACGGCAGCACGUCAAAACGUCAGACCCAUCAUCGCCCGUGGAUGGUGCUGAGCUGCUCCUUACUCGCGUGCUUCUUCGUCUCGCUGGCAUACUAUUUCCAACAGCGCGGGGGGGUUGAUCUGCUGCAGUCUUUCCUCGCCUCGUCAUUACAGACACACACCGCGGGGAACCACCGAGCAUUCGUGCCACACAGCCCCGACAUAUCUCGUCCCAGAAUAGAGCUUCAUCCGGAGGACCAUGUGUACCGUGAGCCGUCGACACAGCGCCUGAAUUGGCGGGUUACUUCAGACAGCCUGCGUCCGGAUGGUGUACAGAAACGAGUCUACCUGAUCAACGGCCUCUUUCCGGGUCCAACGGUAGAAGCACGUUCAGGUGAUACUCUGGUUAUAUCUGUCACCAAUUCCUUGGAGAAUGAGUCUAUCUCGAUCCAUUGGCAUGGCUUACAUGUACAUUACUCAAUGGACGGGGCAGCCGGAAUCACUCAGUGUGCUAUCCCUCCAGGGAAUACAUUCACGUAUAAUUUCACAAUUCCCUUGGACCAGAGUGGGACAUUCUGGUAUCACUCUCAUUCUGGGAUUUCCAGAGCAGAUGGACUAUAUGGAGGCUUCGUCGUUCACACGCCCGCCUCCAAGUCCUCGGUUCGCGGGCUCAUGACUCGCUCGAGCCCUGCUGACCUGGACAAAUACAAAUAUGACAAGGAGCUCUUGCUUCUGAUCGGAGACUGGUACCAUCGAUCUGCCGGUCAGGUCUUAGCAUGGUACAUGCGGGCAGGCUCCUUUGGAAACGAGCCAGUUCCUGACUCUCUAUUGAUCAAUGGGGUCGGCCACUUCGAUUGCUCUAUGGCAGUUCCUGCGCGGCCGGUAGACUGUAUUGCAAUCCAUGUCAAUUCCUCAUAUUUAGACUUGGACAGGAACGCUUUCUACAGAGUCCGUGUAGUCAACACCGGAUCCCUGGCAGGGUUCACAUUGGUAUUUGGUCAUGAACACCUAGAACUCAUCCAACUCGACAGCAUCGAAGUCGAACCACAGCAAAAGCAGGGAGUAAACUCUGCUGGCAUCCUCUACCCUGGACAACGAAUGGACUUCGUCUUACGUUCUCCAGCAGAUCUGGAUACUAGACAGCCGUCCUCGGUGACCGUACAACUUGAUCGAGGCUGUUUCAAAUACCCCAAUCCAGCCCUCCUUCCCGACCAGACCUUUCCCAUAAGCCCAAUCCCCAACGAUGCCAAUAACAAAGAAAACGAAGUCCCACCGUGGAAACCCAACACAACAACCCUAAACCGAAUCGACAUCGAAAAAUUUGCCUCCUCAAGCACCAUCCUCGCCAACAUGUCCGCAAAAGCCCAACAAACGCACGUCGUGUACACGAAGAUCCAAAAACUAUCCAUCAACAACAACGUCCCGUACGGAUUUUUCAACCGCACCUCCUGGCGCCCACAGCAGGAUCCGCCUAUCCCUCUGACGGGCCUUGCCAGGCAAAAAUGGGACCGGAAUCAGUUUUCUUUCUCGACGGGCCCGGAACCGGUUUGGGUUGAUCUUGUGGUUAAUAAUCUUGAUGAGGGACCGCAUCCGUUCCAUCUGCACGGCCACCACUUCUACGUCCUCACAACCCAAAAAGCCUCUAUAGGCUGGGGCUCAUACAGCCCGUUCGUCGACCCGUAUCCUCCCGGUCUAGAGCCUAGCAGAGAAGAUCACACUCCCUACAACCUCACCAAGGCCACCCUUCGCGAUACAACCCAGAUCCCCAGUCGCGGGUACGCGGUCCUCCGCUUUCGAGCCGAUAACCCCGGUGUGUGGUUAUUUCAUUGCCAUAUCACCUGGCAUUUGGCGAGUGGAAUGGCUAUGUUGGUUGAUGUUAUGGGUGAUGAGAUGGGGGUAGGAGCUCAUGAGGCUGGGAUGGGGAUGUGUCUUUCUGUAUCUUGAUCUUGAGUUUUUGCCUUUGUUUACAUGCCACGGUUCUGGUCUAGGGAUUUACAUACGUGGUGGAUGCAUUAUUAUAUUAUGCAUGGAUAGCUUCAUAC